AUGGCGAAAGCUGAUGACGAGAUUGAUCCGGUCGACAAGACUAAUAGAUCAAGAUGGGCUACUCGAAAACUCACCGUUAAGAGCGGCGGAUUGAAAAGGAUAUCCCUCAUGGACCGAAUACAUAAGUCGACUGGUUCAACGGAAAAGAAACGUCACUCAGAUGGCAGCCAAUCUACGGAAGACAAUACUCAAUACGACAGCGCCACCGCGACCGAUCAGAAUGAGCAGUCUGAUGCUAAGAGCACGACAUCAUCGUCUACGGAUGACGGGGAAGGGAGGCAGGUCUACUUCAAUCUACCUUUACCUACCGGGUUGAAAGACGACGAGGGAACUCCUAUUCGCACGUAUGCCAGAAACAAGAUCCGGACCGCUAAGUAUACGCCAUUGUCUUUCGUCCCUAAGAAUUUGUGGUUCCAAUUCCACAACAUCGCAAACAUAUUCUUCCUUUUCAUGGUCAUCCUUGUGAUCUUUCCCAUUUUUGGAGGAGUCAAUCCUGGACUCAAUGCCGUACCUUUGAUAUUCAUCUUGGCCGUGACGGCCGUCAAAGAUGCGAUUGAAGAUUAUCGCCGGACGAUUCUCGAUAAUGAACUAAACAAUGCACCCGUUCAUCGUUUAGUAGGAUGGAACAAUGUUAACGUUACUGAGGAUAAUGUCUCAUUAUGGCGGAGGAUCAAGAAGGCUACAUCUAGAAACAUGGCAGCACUUUGGCACUUGAUUCAAGGUAUAUGGAAGAAGGAUGAUAAAAAGGAUAUGCUAGAACCCUCAGGAGACCCGCGUCCCUCCGUCGAAACUAAGGCGACUCGUCGCGAAUCUAUGCUAUCUCCUCGCACCGACAGGACAUCCUACGUAUCUGCGUAUGAAGACAUUCAGAUGACGCCGGUUACGUCACCUCUCCCGCCUCACUCUCCUGCUCCUCAGCAGAAGGAUUUUCUUGAAGUCACCGAGCGCCCAACUUCCGGCCAGUCGUAUAAUCCGGAUGAGCUGGAGACAAUUGCUAGAGUAAAGGGAGAUCUCAUCAAUCACGAAGUGACACCUACAGGCAACGCUAGAUUUCAUAAGGACCACUGGAAAAACUUGCAGGUUGGCGAUUUCGUGCGACUUUAUAACGACGAUGAGCUUCCUGCAGAUAUCAUUGUCCUCGCUACGUCUGAUGAGGAUGGCGCGUGUUAUGUAGAGACGAAGAAUCUGGACGGCGAAACGAAUUUGAAGGUUCGCCAAGCGCUUCGAUGUGGACGAACGCUGAAGCACGCCAAAGAUUGUGAGCGCGCUCAAUUCUUCAUCGAAAGCGAACCUCCACAGCCAAAUUUGUACAAGUACAACGGUGCUAUUAAAUGGGACCAGAUGAUGUCUCAUGGACCUAAGGAAAUGUCGGAACCGAUUACCAUCGACAACAUGCUUCUCCGAGGUUGCAACUUGAGAAACACCGACUGGGUUCUUGGCAUCGUUAUGUUUACCGGUCAUGACACGAAGAUUAUGAUGAAUGCGGGUAUUACGCCAAGCAAACGUGCUCGUAUCGCCCGAGAGCUGAACUUCAAUGUUGUGUGCAACUUUGGUAUUCUUGGUGUAUUGUGUCUCCUCUGUGCCAUCGUCAAUGGAGUCUCAUGGGCCAAGAGCGAUGCCUCGACUGCUUGGUUCGACUACGGCUCUGUUGGUGGAACACCCGGCAUGACCGGAUUUAUCACUUUCUGGGCCGCGCUUAUCAACUUUCAAAAUUUCGUCCCAAUCUCUCUAUAUAUCUCGCUCGAGAUUGUACGAACGCUACAGGCUAUUUUUAUCUACAGCGAUGUUGAGAUGUACUACGACAAAAUCGACUAUCCCUGUGUUCCGAAGUCAUGGAACAUUUCGGAUGAUCUUGGACAGAUAGAAUACAUCUUCUCAGACAAGACAGGAACCCUCACGCAAAACGUCAUGGAAUUCAAGAAGGCUACGAUUAAUGGUCAGCCGUACGGAGAAGCCUACACCGAAGCGCAAGCUGGCAUGCAGAAGCGUUUGGGUAUCGACGUGGUCAAGGAGGCUGCUAAAGCUAGGGAGCAAAUUGCCGCUGGAAAGAUUCAUGCACUGGAAGGGCUAAGGAAGAUCCACAACAAUCCGUACCUACACGACGAGAAUGUAACAUUCAUCGCGCCGGACUUUGUCGACGACCUGCAGGGAGAAUCUGGAGAAGAGCAAAAGGAAGCGAACGCGCAUUUUAUGCUUGCAUUAGCGCUUUGUCAUACCGUCAUUGCUGAACAUUCUCCUGGCGACCCUCCGAAGAUUGAGUUCAAGGCCCAGUCCCCCGACGAGGCAGCUCUCGUGUCGACUGCUCGUGAUAUGGGAUUUACUGUUCUUGCACAGACAAGCGACGGCAUCAAGCUAAAUGUUAUGGGAGAGGAGAAGCACUACCCGAUUCUGAACACGAUCGAAUUCAACUCGAGCCGAAAACGUAUGAGUGCUAUCGUCAAGAUGCCCGAUGGUCGAAUCAUUCUAUUCUGUAAGGGUGCUGACAGUAUCAUCUAUUCACGACUUAAGCGUGGAGAACAGGCGGAGCUUCGCAAAACUACUGCCGAGCAUCUCGAGAUGUUCGCUAGAGAAGGUCUACGAACUCUAUGCAUAGCCCAACGUGUAUUACCCGAGCAAGAAUAUCUAGAAUGGCGCAAGGAACACGACAAAGCUGCUACUGCUAUGCAGGACAGAGAAGAAAAGCUAGAGCUAGUAGCUGACAAGAUCGAACAAGAGCUUACUCUCCUAGGCGGCACCGCUAUCGAAGACCGACUUCAAGACGGUGUACCGGAUACAAUCGAACUGCUUGGUCGGGCUGGUAUCAAGUUAUGGGUGCUGACUGGAGACAAAGUCGAGACUGCUAUCAACAUCGGAUUUUCGUGUAAUCUCUUAAACAACGAUAUGGAACUAAUCAACCUCAAAUUGGAAGAGGAUGAAAGUGGAAAGACGACUGAUGAAGUGUUCCUUAGCCAGAUUGAAGAGGAACUCGACAAACAUCUGAGGACAUUCGGUAUCACCGGUAGCGAUGAUGAUUUACUCCACGCUAGGAAGAACCACGAACCUCCAGCACCGACCCACGCUCUAGUAAUUGAUGGGUUCACGCUGAGGUGGGUGCUCCACGACGGCCUCAAGCAGAAGUUCUUGCUUCUUUGCAAGCAAUGCGCCUCGGUUCUCUGCUGUCGUGUCAGUCCUGCACAAAAGGCUUCGGUCGUAUCUAUGGUCAAGAACGGUCUCGAUGUCAUGACGUUAUCCAUUGGAGAUGGCGCCAACGACGUGGCUAUGAUUCAAGAAGCGGACGUCGGUGUAGGUAUUGCUGGUGUCGAAGGUCGUCAAGCUGUCAUGUCUGCCGAUUAUGCCAUUGGCCAGUUUCGAUUCCUGCAACGACUUGUUUUGGUCCAUGGUCGUUGGUCAUACAGAAGAAUGGCUGAGGCAAUUGCUAAUUUCUUCUACAAGAACAUGGUCUGGUGUUUGAGCAUUCUAUGGUUCCAAUGCUUCUGCAAUUUCGAUAUCACCUACCUUUACGAGUACACCUAUAUCAUUCUCUUCAAUCUUAUCUUCACCUCUGUACCUCCGAUUGUCAUCGGUGUGCUCGACCAAGAUGUGUCUGACGCAGUCUCUUUGGCUGUUCCUCAACUUUAUAGGCGCGGCAUUGAGCGCCUCGAAUGGACUCAGCACAAGUUUUGGAUGUACAUGAUCGAUGGUGCCUAUCAGAGUGUCAUGAGCUUCUUUAUCACGUACCUCACCUUUGCGCCUACUUCAGCUGUCACCGCAAACGGAUUGGAUAUCAGUGAUCGAUACCGGCUGGGCGCCUACGUCGCCCAUCAAUCUGUCAUCACGAUCAACCUUUACAUUCUCAUCAAUACCUAUCGAUGGGAUUGGCUUACCUUGUUGAUUAUUGCCGUUAGUGACCUUUUAAUCUUCUUCUGGACCGGUGUCUAUACUACGUCGACGUAUGCAAGCACGUUCUAUGGCGCUGCUCCACAGAUUUACGGCGAAGCGUCUUUCUGGGCCUGUUUGAUUGCCACCCCAAUCAUUUCCCUAGCUCCGCGUUACGCUGUCAAGGCUUUGCGCAAGGUGUUCAUUCCCCGUGACGUGGACAUUAUCCGGGAGCAGGUUGCCAUGGGCAAGUUCGACCAAACGGAGAAGGAGGAUACAAAUGAGGUUACGGCGAAGUCAAGUUCAUCACACUCGUCGGAGUCCUCCCGACAUAAACGGCAUAAGCAAUUCGCGAGUGUGGACGAAGAUCUUAGACCUAUCUAUCCGCCUUCGGUUGCAACCCAAUCCGUUAUUGGACAUAACGCGCAUAGUCAGAACGGUAGCGACGGCACUAAUUACACCAGGCAUGAACCUUCACUAGACGUACCUGUAAUACAACCCGUGGACCCGGCUCCGGAACCCCCGGUACGCCCAUCUUACGAGCGUGUCCGUCCAUCUUACGACCGAAUGCGGGCCUCGAUGGAUCGGGUUAGGAUGAGCUACGAAAUGUCUAACGAUUUCACUUCCGCUGCUAUGUUGAGUAGAUUUGAAUCGACUCGAACCGGCCCCGAUCCCGAUCCUUCGCAGCAACCAGUACAGAGUGAGGGUAUUGUCAGUCGGAUACGAAGGCGGACCCGGGGCAAAUCCUUCAAGGCAGCAUUCGCCCACCACAAGGAUAAUAAUAUUCACGAACAUGAAUGA